UCUCUCUCACGCACGCACACGCGCAGGGCAUGAUGGGGCGCUCGCGCGCGCGCGCACUCAGACCGGUUUGUGUGCACACUUGUGGGUGAGAUGGUUCCACGCAGAACCCGCUGUGGAACUGUUCCGCCUUUCCGCCGCUUUGUCCCACUCGGAGUUCGGAGGGGAAGCGCUUUGGGUCGCGGCUGUGCCAUGUGAUCUCAGGAAGCGACACCGGAGGCGAGAUGUUUACCCUGACUGAAGUGGCCUCGCUUAAUGACAUCCAGCCCACGUAUCGAAUACUGAAGCCAUGGUGGGAUGUCUUCAUGGAUUACCUCGGUUUCGUCAUGUUAAUGUUAGCCAUCUUUGCCGGGACAAUGCAGUUAACCAAAGAUCGGAUGGAAUGUCUUCCCAUUCUAGAGGAUGCUAAUAAGAUAUCAAACACAAACUCCUACAUGACACCUAGCUCAGUGGAGAUCUCCACGUCAUUUUUAGGAACUGGAUCCGUAACCACUUGGGAUCUUCCAGAUAGUCAGAGUCAUGAAGUCAGAGUCAGCGCUGAGCCUCAACCCAAAGGACGCAACGCAAACUUGGCCUAUCAGCAGUACUCUUUCGUCAAUCAGAUGUGCUACCAUCUUGCCUUGCCCUGGUAUUCAAAGUACUUUCCUUACCUUGUCCUGAUACACACCAUCAUGUUGAUGGUAAGCAGCAAUUUUUGGUUCAAAUAUCCAAAGACCAGCUCAAAGAUCGAACACUUUGUGUCCAUCCUUGGCAGGUGCUUUGAAUCACCCUGGACCACAAAGGCAUUGUCGGAAACUGUAUGCGAAGACUCUGAAGAAAACAAGCAGAGACUCUUUGCUGGCAAGUCUGGUCCUAAGCAGCUGCCCUCAGAUAACCAAGAUGACCAUGCCAACUCAUUCCAACCUAUGUUAGGAAACAAUAGCAUGAAGUUCUCCGCUGAGAAAAUCAUUCCUGAAGGUCCAAGUAUGACCAUUUUGGAUAAAAAAGACAGUGAACAAGCCAAGGCUCUUUUUGAGAAGGUUCGGACUUUCCGAGCUCAUGUUGAGGAUAGUGACUUCAUCUACAAUCUGUAUGUGGCACAGACAGUCAUCAAAGCGCUCAAGCUAAUAGUUAUCCUGGGUUACACAUCAGCCUUUGCUGCAGACAUCAGUUUUAUUCAUAUGUGUGAACCCAAAGUGGAAUUCUUAAUAGGGUAUGAUCAAUUCAUCUGCACACAUAAUAUGGCCUUCAUACUGAGAAAGCUCCUUUUUACAUUUAUGAUGAUAAUUGGACUUUACUGCCUCGUGUGCCUGUACUCACUUUUCUGGCUUUUUCGAGGUCCACUCAAGGAAUAUUCUUUUGAAAAGGUCAGAGAGGAAAGCAGCUUCAGCGAUAUCCCUGAUGUCAAAAAUGACUUUGCAUUCCUCCUCCACAUGGUUGACCAGUAUGACCAGUUAUACUCCAAGCGAUUUGGCAUUUUCCUGUCAGAGGUCAGUGAGAACAAGCUACGGGAAAUUAGCCUUAAUCACGAAUGGACACUAGAAAAACUGCGUCAGCAUGUAACCAGCAACACCCAAGACAAGCAGGAGCUGCACUUGUUCAUGCUGUUGGGACUGCCCAGUGCUGUAUUCGACCUUACCGAACUUGAAGUUCUUAAGCUAGAACUCAUCCCUGAAGUCCGGAUUUCAGCCAAGGUUUCCCAGAUGACCAAUUUACAGGAACUUCAUCUCUAUAAUUGUCCUGCUAAGGUGGAGCAAACAGGUUUCACUUUCCUCCGAGAUCACCUUAGGUGCCUUCACGUGAAAUUUACCGAUGUCGCAGAAAUCCCUCCAUGGAUUUAUCUUUUGAGGAACCUCAGGGAACUGUACCUAAUUGGUAGGUUAAACUCAGAACACAACAAAAUGAUUGGUCUGGAAUCCCUGAAAGACUUAAGGCACCUAAAAACAUUCUGUCUCAAAAGUAACCUGAACAAACUACCCACCAACCUCACGGAUCUCUCUCCACACCUCGUCAAGCUGGUUAUACACAACGAUGGGACUAAAUUGCUGGUACUGAACAGUCUUAAGAAGAUGACUAGCUUGCGUGAGUUGGAGCUCCAUCACUGUGACCUGGAGAAGAUCCCCCAUGCUGUUUUUAGCUUGACAAACCUGCAAGACUUGGAUUUGAAAUCCAACAGUUUCCAGACCAUCGAAGAGGUCAUCAGCUUUCAGCACCUGAAGAGACUGACGUGCCUUAAGUUGUGGCACAACAAGAUCGUCGCUAUUCCACCAAGCAUAAAUCGGGUGAAGAACCUCGAGUCUCUCUACCUCUCCUACAACAAACUGGAGACUCUACCAACUACUCUGUUUUACCUCCCAAAGCUCAGGUACCUGGAUCUCAGCAACAACUCCAUUUCGAUGAUUCCAUUCGAAGUGGAACUUCUUCAGAAUCUACAGCACUUUGAUAUCACAGGGAAUAAAGUGGAGGUUCUUCCCAAACAGCUGUUCAAAUGUGUCAGAUUGAAAGUCCUCUGUGUGGGGAACAACAGGAUCACCAUCCUUCCUGAAUCCAUCGGACAGUUAACACAACUUGUUCAACUUGAUGUUAAAGGGAACUGCUUGGAUCACCUUCCCUACCAACUUGGUCAAUGCCAACAACUUAAUAAGAGCUUAUUCACUGUAGAGGAUCACCUUUUUGACACACUUCCACUUGAGGUAAUAGAGCAAAUGAUGGAGGUGCCAACGUUCCCAGUUUAGCUGGAGGAUUGAUGUUUGACCCCUUGCUACUGUGAUAAGGACAUUUAUGCAGCAUUUGGAAUAAAAUUCAAAAUGUAUAAAAUUCACCAGGCAGAAAAGCUUAUUCACUGAAGGGGAAAGGAUACGGGAUGUCAAAGAGGCAUAUUUGCUUCCGAUUUCCAUUUCUUCAAGUCGACUUUACCGAGAACCUUUUUUAUGAGCCAGUAGAAAAUAAGUGGAUGGAACUGUUUUAUUUGUUUAUUAAAAAGGGUAGCUUGGUAUAUAUCUGAAAGAAAAAAGAAUUAGCCGUCUCGUCCCCCCAGCAUGCACUGCAGGGUUUUUUUUUCCCCUUUCUACAUGCAAGGAUUAUUUUUUGGUAGCAAUGUUGGCAUCUCUGAUAUGAGUACAGAUCCUUCAUCACUGUAUAACUGUUCACCACUUGGAUCUUCAGAGGAUGCUGGUCAGUAUUCUGCCUGUACCCUGUACACCCCAAAAAUACUGGAGGAAAAUACAGCAUCGAUGUUGAUGAAAAAUGAGGUCCACACAGAAACCCUUUUUGUAUGGAUUUUUUAUGUACUUUUGGAUUUCGGUGGAAUGUGCCGAUGUUAAAUUUUUGUAUCAAUCCAACUUUUGUGGUUUGCAGUUGCGUAUUUUCAUGUUUGCUAAUACCCCUCCCCCACCCCCAUUUUAGUCACCUGUCAAUUCCCAGGUGCUUUCUCAGAGGUACCGUAUAUGAAGACAGCCAACCACAUCUUGGUGAUCAUCUGAUGUAUCACAGAGCAAUGCAACACACUCGGAGGAAAGCUCUAUUUGCCGCCUUCUUCUGCAUACUUAAGCUCACAGAUACCCAUGAUUGGCUUGUGUCACUGUGAUUGACCAGGGAGAGAGUGAGAGAGUCUGCCUCUCUCCCUCCCUCCCAGAGAGUACAGCUGAUUUUACUCCCUGUAACGGAUGGCUAUGCCAUUGUUGGGAUUUUAAUUUGUAAUCCUCCAACAUUUGAGUGGACAUGUUUUCUGUUGCGCUGCAUGCGAAAAUCCAUCGAGUGACAUUUGAAAAUGAAACCAAUCUUGCCGGCAGCAUGGUGGUGUAGUGGUUAGCACGGUCACCUCACAACAAAAAGGUUCUGGGUUCAAGUCCAGUGGCCAAUGAGGGCCUUUCUGUGUGGAGUUUGCAUGUUCUCCCCGUGUCCGCGUGGGUUUCCUCCAGGUGCUCUGUUUUCCCCCACAGUCCAAAGACAUGCAGGUUAGGCUAAUUAGUGGUGCUAAAUUGACCGUAGGUGUGAAUGUGAGUGUGAAUGAUUGUUUGUCUCUGUGUCAGCCCUGUGAUGAUCUGGCGACUUGUCCAGGGUGUACCCCGCCUUUCGCCCGUAGUCAGCUGAGAUAGGCUCCAGCUUGCCUGUGACCCUGCACAGGAUAAGCGGUUACAGAUGAUUGAUGGAUGGACAACUCUUGCCAGUGUCAUCAUCCAUCAUCACUGCUGCAUGCUGUUCCUGUGCUGUUUAUUGACGGAUAGCGCUUUCCUCUGAAUGUGUUCCUCAGUGUCUUUAAUUUGUAACAAAUGUAUUGAAUUACACAAUAAAUUGUUUAAUCAAGUACAGUAUCAUCACCUGCCUGUUGUUGCUGUAGCCAGUGUGUUGCUAUAUAUUGAAGAAUUUAAAGAACUCAUGAUGGUCAGUGCUUCAGAAUGUAUAAAUUUAAAAAUUUCGAAUGUGAAUUCUGCUUUGGAAAUGUAGAUAAAAAUAAAACACAUUUUUGAGAUAAGUAUUUAUCUUGAGUGAAUACCCAUCCAUCCAUUCAUUAUCUGUAGCUUGCUUAUCCUGUACAGGGUCACAGGCACGGUGGAGCCUGUCCCAGCUGACAAGAGGCAGGGUACACCCUGGACAAGUUGCCAGGUCAUCGCAGGACCAACACAUAGAGACAAACAAUCAUUCACAUCUACAGUCAAUUUAGAGCCACCAAUUAGCCUAACCUGCAUGUCUUUGGACUAUGGGGGAAACCGGAGCACCCGGAGGAAACCCACGCAGACAUGGGGAGAACAUGCAAACUCCACACAGAACCACUCCACCACCGUGCCACGCUUGAGUGAAUCCUUCAAUGAAAAAUCAAAUGUACACAAGUUUAAAACACUUCAGGAUGCGCUGUCAUAGGAACAUAAUCAACUUCGAUGUGGUAACAGUAACUCCACUGAGUCACAACACCCUGUCUUUGAUUAAUUUACUGUAACAGUAUCUCACACAGUUGUUUAUUUCGUAUAAACAUGAACAGAACAUCAACAGUGUGGAUCAUGGCUUUUCUAGAAAGGUUUUCAGAAAGCUAUAAUAAUACAGUUUCAAUUUGGACUUUUUUGUAGCUAUGUAUUAUAAUGGUAAUUUUACAUAAGUGCUUUUGUAAAAUUGAGACAGCGUAGCUUAGUGACAAUGACUGAAGCAAGUAUAUGAAUAUUUUUGCCUUGUGUUUACAAAAAACAUUUUUGCGCAAGAGUGAUUAGCACUGUCGCCUCACAGCAAGAAGGUUCUGGGUUUGAACCUGGCCUUUCUGCGUGGGUUUCCUCAGGGUGUUCCGGUUUCCUCCCACAGUCCAAAAACACAUGGAUGCGGUCAACUGGCUACUCUAACUUGCCCAUAGGUAUGAAUGUGAGCGUGAUGAUUGAUUGCUCAUCUCUGUGUAGCCCUGUGAUAGAUUGGCGACCUGCCCAGGGUGAACCCCGCCUCUCACCCGAAGUCUGCUGUGAUUGGCUCCACUUUCACCUAUAACCCUGAUGGAUAUGCACUGUAGAUAACGGAUGUCUGGAUUUUGUGUGAGAAAGACCUCCAUUAACCCAAAGCGCAAGUCGUAGAUACUGAAUAUAAGUAUAUUGGGCAUAAAGAAGAAAAUUGUGCAUAUUUUGAUUUUUCACUGAAAUGAUGCUUUGAAUUGUCUGAGAUUACUGGAAAUGUUAAACAUGUCAUCUAAGAACUAUCCUGGCUAUCGAUGGUGAUUUUUGAAUUAAAAUAUGGGUGCAAUA